GGCUGCUGCCGAGCAGACGGAGAGGAAGACGCAGACGGGUCCUAUGAUGGCGCAGUCGGAGGAGGAGGUGGAGGUGUUAGUGCAGAGAGUCCUCAAAGACCUCAGCAGCGCCUUCAAGAGGAACCCCAACAUUGAUGAGAUUGGCAUGAUCCCGUGUCCAGAGGCCCGCUGCAAUCGCAGUCCCAUCGUGCUGGUGGAGAACAAGCUGGGUGUUGAGAGCUGGUGUGUCAAGUUCCUGCUGCCAUAUGUGCAUAACAAGCUGCUGCUUUAUCGCCAGAGGAAACACUGGCUGGACAGGGAAGCUUUAGUGGAUAUCACCUGCACUCUGUUACUGCUCAACCCAGACUUCACCACGGCCUGGAAUGUCAGGAAAGAGUUGCUGCAGUGUGGCGCUCUUAACCCAGAGAGGGACCUUUACCUUGGCAAGCUGGCCCUCACCAAGUUCCCCAAGAGCCCUGAGACAUGGAUACACAGACGCUGGGUUCUGAAACACAUCCUGCAUCAGCUCCCGUCUGUGUGUCACAACAAGAACCAGCAGGAGUGUGACAGAGAGACCAGCCAGCGUUUGAGUGACCGUUUGGAGCAGACGCUCCAGCAGGAGAUGAAGGUUUGCUCCGACGCUGCCUCCCACUACCCCAGCAAUUACAACGCCUGGUCCCACCGCAUCUGGGUGCUGCAGCACAUGGCCAAGGGAAACAUCAAGGUUUUCCACGAUGAGCUGUCGUCUAUGCACCUGUGGGUGUCCAUGCACGUGUCCGACCACAGCGGCUUCCACUACCGCCAGUUCCUGCUCCGGGAGCUGAUCACGGAACUGGACAGAGCGGGGACCGGCAGCUCGGGUCCGUUCUGGCAGUGGAACAGCACAACGCACCGGAGCUGUACGCAGAUAAACGGGGAGCUGCUGGGAGCCGAGGCCGCUGCUGAAGAGAAGCAGCUCAGCCACAAUGAAAUCCUGCAGCUGUUCAGCCAGGAGAUGAAGCUGUGCUCGGACCUGAUCCAGGCCUUCCCUGGACACGAGACCCUCUGGAGUCACAGGCGGCACGUCUUCUUCCUGUGGCACAAGUGGAAGGGGCUGUGCUGCAGCAGGAGUGGCGGCGGUGAGCACAGCCCCCCCCGGGAGAAGGACCCCGGCACGGCGGAGGGCAGUCCCUGCACGGAUCUCACGCAGCAGCAUCCUGCUGUCCACGCCAUGGACGUGGACCAGCCGUCCAAGCCUGACCCCCAGGACGUGAAGCGGCUGAGGAGAGGGCCCCUGGGGCCACCGCCCCUGCGGCCCCCGCCCCUGGCCCUGCAGGCCGAGCACGCCUUCGUCAGCACCGUUCUGGACGGCUGCUGUAACCGGGAGCAGAAGAGCUUUGCUCAGGCCUACAGGAAGUGGUUGGACACCGUGAUCGGUACGCAGUCUUAAGACCAGGACUCCAGGCUGGCCCUUUCUCAACACUUCAGUCGUCUUUACACGCAGAUUUAGGAUCAACUGUUUUGCCGAUUGAUAUCAGUAGCUCUUCAGAUGCUGUGAUUAUUUUGGGAAGUUUUUUUACUGACUCCGAGUGGAGAGGAUGGGACUGGACGUCCCUGCUCAGAACCCUCCGUGUUGUAGAAGUCUAACCUGAGCCGGUUCCCCCCCGGAGCAGAGAUCUGCUUGCUCAGCACCGUUCAGCACACAGUAUCUUUGCUAGUAGACUUUGUCAGAGUUCUCAAUGCUUUUGGUCAAACUGCAGUUGUUUUAAAUGAUUGAUAUUCAGCUGCGCCUCUGACUCUAUGAAAGUACGGUAGUCGACGCUUGAAGGGGAUCAAAACAUCAUCCAAGUUGUCCUGGGAUAACAGAUAUUCUGGCAGGACAAAUGCUUUCAAUUCACUUAAAGUCGACUACUGUGGUUCAAUGAUGUGAAACUAUCACAGGAGGGGGAGGGGCCUCAGGUGAGAGGGGGAGGGGCCUCAGGUAAGAAGGGAGGAGCCUCAGGUAAGAAGGGAGGAGCCUCAGGUGGAAGGAGGAGCCUCAGGUGGGAGGAGCCUCCGGUGAGAGGGGGAGGAGCCAAAUACACAAUCUAACAACUGCUAUAGCCCGUUUUAUUUAAAGAUUACAUAAGUAGGCAAAAAAAUGAAAUACUUGAUAUAAAGUAACAACUUUAAUAAACUGUUACAACUGUUAAUCUUUAUUUUUUUUCCUCAACCAUAAGUUUUUCCACAGUAAUGUAGCGGGUUUCCCCCGACACCACAGACAACUCGAUCCUACGUGCCUCUUAUGAACAUUUACUUUCCAUUCAGACAAGUACACGCCUGUGUGACUAUUAUACCAGAGCAGAGCUAGAAAGAAGGGAUGAAUGCACAGGUAGGCAGAGGAAAAGCCCUGCAGCCUCGGCCCCUUUUACAGGUGUUAGGAUUUGGCUGCACAUCCUGGUUCUUCCCAGCUCCUAAUUGGCCAAAUUCGGCAAAACCUGACACACACACACACGCGCGCGCACACGCGCACACACUAACAGACGCACUUGCAGCCCUGCUCACACAUUUUCAACUGAAAGCAGUUUUAGUUUAGGGUUUUGAUUGUAUAGAUCUGUUCUGAACGCUGAUCAUUAACGCAUCCCAACACCUUUCAGACUUAAUGAGGUGAGUAUCACAUUAUGCUUUUACAGAUAGCGUUUUUUCUUUAGUGAGGAGCUCAACAUACAAGCAAAGUCAUUAAUUUUAACAAGGCAGAUGGUAAAAUCUCUACUACAACCGCUCAGCUUCCAGAAGCCCAUAAGAGCAGACCCUGACGUCUGGAUAAAUUGGGUCUAGAAAAGUAGGAGGUGAAAAGGUGUGAAUAUCAGCUGGUCUUUCAUUUGCACCAUUGUGUCAUAUGGAGCUUUGAAAAUUCAGCUUUCACAUGGAAUAAAAUGGACACCUUUUGUGGAAAAGAAAAAAAGCAACGUGCACAACAUAGUGCACUAAAUGACUGUAUGUAGGAAAUGGGCUCUGGAUUAUUGUGGGUGGUUGCUGGGGACCGGCAGACGUAGCCCGCUGCAGGUACGAGUGUCGGGGUUAUACCCCUUUGUUGUUCAGGGAUGAGUGUGAGGACGGGACACCUGCAUGUCAUGCACGUGUUGCAUGACAUGCAGGUCCAAACAUGUCCAAACAUGUCCAAACAUGUCCAAACAAGCCUCUUCUAAUCUCCAGAGAUGAUGCCGUGCUUGAGCACAGGAUCACGCUCACAUUCGCCGAGCCAGCCAGAUGCAGGGCGUGGCUCAUGUUUGGGCUCUGAUCAUUAGUGGAACAUAUCAGAACCUGCCUGGGGGCGGGGCAUAUGUCCGGGGGGCGGGGCCAGUACUGGAGUUGAGGGGGGAUGAGAUGGCAUCCCCCCCUGAAAUAAAAACGGUCCAAAUCAUCCCCCCCUGAAAUAAAAACGGUCCAAAUCAUCCCCCCUGUAAAACUGUCAUCCCUCCUUUCCAUCCCUUAUGUCAUUUCAUCAAUGAAUGUGGUUUUACUGCUAUUUCAACAUUUAGAGUCAUCACCAGAAAAAUAACACCAGAAAAAUAACUUAUUUGACAACUUUCACCUGUUUCAAGUAA